CCGCUCAGCGCGUCACCGCGGCGCGCCCCCUGCCCAUCUGAUUCAAUGAUACAAAGAUCCAGCCGUGUUUCGAUGAGGCAGAGCGCACUUGCCUGUGUUGACACUGGACGGAUAUGCGGCGAUGCUCUUGUGCGUGAACGCGUUUGCAGCGCUCUCUAAGCAGCUACGGAGAGAUUUCGCAACGGAUGAGAGAUUAGGAGGAGGAGGAAGCGCGACCAGCAUCAGAAUUAGAAGAAAGAAACGCUAUCUUUUUGUCCAUCACGUCUUCUCGGUGGCAGCGGCCCGUCGAUUCUCACAGGAAGCCGGGGGCUGGAUUUGAAAUGUCGCAGGGAUGUGCUGAGAGCUUGAUGAUGAAAGGAGGAAGAGGAGGAGAGAGGUGGAGUGAGCCCUUCCUUAAUUAGACCCUUGCAAAAGCAGUGACGUCUGUGGUCAGGAGGUGAUGGCAGUGCUGACUGAGCUUCACCACCACAACUACCCUUUCCUACAGAUGAACACUCCCCUCCUGUAGUCUGAGCCUGCACUCAGCGCUCCUCCUUCCCCUCCUCUCCUUCUGCCUCCCCUUUCUCAUAUCUCACCUCCUCGUCCAGCUAACACUUGCUUCCCCUCCAUCUCUCCUUCCCCCCACAUUUGAACUUCAUCAUUCCUCUAAAAUCGUACUUUAUUAUGGCGUGCUACGGACGCUCUCUGGACUCCCCGUGCACAUUAGCCUUGCUGGUGGGCUUCCAGUUUGCCUUUGUUCUCUACUUCUCCCUUGGGGGCUUCAGAGGCCUGGUGUCCGUCCUGGUGCACACCACCGAGCCAGAGUUUGAUUACUCUCGACCUCAUGACGUCUAUACCAACCUCAGUCAUCUGGGAGUACCGCCUCCCCCGCCUCGUAACUCUGGCACUGGCCCCCCUGCCACAGGUCCUCCCCUGAGAGACUGCCAGAUCCCUUCCCCACUGCUGGUUGGACCGGUGUCUGUGCAUCUUUCCUCUCCUCUGUCCAUGGAGGAGAUCAGACAGAGGAACCCGUUAGUGUUGCCAGGGGGACGCUACCGGCCUCCAGACUGUGAGCCCCGCCACCACACGGCCAUAGUGGUACCAUAUCGGAACCGGCAGACCCACCUCCGUGCCCUCCUCUACCACCUCCACCCUUUCCUGCAGAGACAGCAGAUCCACUACAGCAUCUAUAUAGUUCAGCAGUGGGGGAACGGCACUUUUAACCGAGCCAAGCUGCUAAAUGUCGGGGUGCGGGAGGCUCUCAGAGACGAAGACUGGAGCUGCAUCUUCCUGCACGAUGUUGACCUGCUGCCCGAGAAUGACCACAACACCUACACCUGCCACAAACAAUUCCCCACACACCUGUCUGUGGCCAUGGACAAGUUCAGAUACAGGCUGCCGUACCCACAGUAUUUUGGCGGCGUGUCUGCAGUGACCCCAGACCAAUACAUGAAGAUGAACGGCUUCCCUAACCAGUACUGGGGCUGGGGCGGAGAGGAUGAUGACAUUGCUGCCAGAGUUCGCUUGUCUGGCAUGAAGAUCAUGCGCCCUCCAGUGGCCAUUGGUCAUUACAAGAUGAUCAAGCAUAAAGGAGACCGAGGCAAUGAACAAAACCCACGCAGAUUUGACCUUCUGAAAAGGACCAGACUCAACUGGCGCUCCGACGGCCUCAACUCUCUGACCUACGAGCUUCUUUCCAGAGAGCUUGAGCCUCUCUACACCAACCUCACCGUCGACAUCGGAGAAGACCCCCGUCUGCCCCCGGGGAAAGCGCCCAUCCCUGUGAAGAUGGCACCCCCUGUCCACCAACGUAGCACCAGCAAGACUGGGGACACAGCCAAACAGGAGAAGAGACAAGAGAGCAAAGGGAACAUGACUGUGGCCGCGCCGGCUGGUGGAAAGACAGAACCUGCACAGUCAAAAACAGCAAAUCAGACAACACAGGAGAAGACCGGUGUGGUAAAGUAGGACGAGGUGUAUACAGAUGCAUCACAUCUGUAGCAUAAAGUGGCUUCCCUGUUCAUUUUGAUCUGAAAGACAAAAUGGAGGAAAGCAGUGUAGAUCUGUUCUGUUGUGGGACAUAAAGUACACCAGCUUUCUGUGCUUAGUGCAGGUUAGGGAUAGUUAUGCAAUGGAUCAAAUGAAGGAGCCUCUUUUGUCUACAGGGGUGCAUUCAGGAACACGACUGAGUCACCUCUUGGUUUAUCAUCCACUGAAUGUGACCCUGGCUCUACUGUCCAAGUCUGAGGCUCAUGACUUAAAUGAGGCCAGGAGAAGAAUGGUGCACGACUCAGUUGUAUCCACGUAGAGGUCCAAACAAACUAAAUGAAACUGAGACAGCAACUAUAUAAAUCUUUGCUCUUUUCCAGACAUCGCGAGUCGUAAGCAACCCAUCUGCUGCCAGCAGACCUGCAGCUUCAUCCAGUUUGCUCCCAAAAAACUGCUGCUGUCAGUCCACCCCACUCCACGGUGGGUUUGUGUUUCUGUGCCUUCUCUCUUUUAUGCGCGUUUUAUAGACUGGUGUAGUUGCUUUUAGAUGCUGACUUGGGGUUAAUUUUACCUCUCCUGCCUCGCAGGCAAAUGUUAGAAAGCAGGGAGGCUAAAGCUGAUCCUAGAUCAGGGCAAGUGAUUUGUUCCAGGACUGCCGUUUUAUAUCUGUGUGCAUCGAUUAGGCGCUGACCAACUCCAUAGUUAUCGGACAAUUCUAGAGUUUAUAUUUAUAUAGAGAGACUUCUUUAUUUGUUUACUGAUUUUAUUUUACUCGUCCUUCCUUACAGUCUGGUGCCUCUCUCUCUCUCUCUGACAUUUAGUUCCUAGACAAUCAAAUCAUAUGAGAAGAUAACUCUUUAUCCAACCACAUAACAAAGUGAGGAAAUAUUAUCAUGACUAUUUCUACACCUGUCAGAUAAACAUAGACUUGGCAUGAUAGUUGUUGUCUAGUUUGACUAUACUCUUGAUACAUGGAUAGACCUGUGCUUCUGAUAUUAUCUGUGAUUUUAUUAUUUUUCUUUUAGACUAGUCAGGUAUGGGGAAAAAAGCAAACUUGCAGACAAUAUUGUAGGCACGUGACUACACAUUUGCCAGUGUCAGAUUGUAUUUUAAUAAUGAUAAAAAGUCAUAGUUACAUUAAAGCACUGUGUAUAGAUCUAGGUCAGCUUUUUACUAGAAGGCCUGACAUCCUCACAGAGGGUCUUUAAGCAUAUUAUGAUAGACCCUGGGCAUCUAAAAGCUAUAAAUGAGUGUCUGCGUUACUUGUCUGUCUUCAUUCGCUAGGGUGAAGCUUUUAUAUCGUGAAGGAAAGGAGAUGAGGAAGACGUAUAUUAGACCGAAUUAUUCACAAUUUUAUUCUGAGGGCUGAUGAAUUUGGACAUGUGGGUAAUUUAUGUUGACAGAUCAAUUAACAUGUACUUUACAUCUCUGAGACAUUCAUUUUUUCAUCCAUUUGGAAUGUAUUUUUUUGAGUUUACCUUUUGUGAAGGAAGAGUUUUCAUUUUGUGGAUGUUGACUUGAAACUGAUCACUCGGAAGAAAUGAUUUCUUGCUGCUAUUUGACUAGGGAAAAGGUUAUUAAUCAGCUUGAAAAAUGACAUAUUGUAACACUUAUUUUUUUUCUGGUGUGGAGUUGUGUUUUAUCAUACUAACAAGUAAUGUAUUUUGCUAAUUUGAAUGUAUUUAAUUUAUUAAUUUAUUUAUUGUCACUGAUAGAACUCAAUGCACAGAUUUCUAUGUGUUUUAGGGGUUGAUGCACUGUUCUCCAUUGUGAAGCAGAUGAUUCCCUUUAUUCUAUGUCUUAUGUUUCUUAAGUUAACAUCGUGCCUCAUGAAAUAAGCCCAUAUUACUAAAGGACUGACUGCUGGGUUAUAUGUGAGCGCCCUCAAGUGGCAUAGUUUGGCAUAGCGCCAGCCAAGAAGACUCAAGGAACUGAAUGAAACUGCAGUGUUGUGACAUGAAUGUUAAUAGUUAACGUUCGCCAUUCACAGGUUUCAGCCAAUCAAAUCUUUGCAUUGCUCUGCGUGGAGGGUUUCUCAUUUGUGUAGUAUCACAUGAUUAAUUCUUGCAGCUUAAAGGUGUAGAGCAUCUCUCUGAAUUUCACUGGUUUUCACAACCAAAAACUACAUGGUGAGUGUUUAUGAAUGGAUAUAGUUUUAUAGAAGGAGUCUGUGUUUAUUUAUGAUAAAAUAGACGAAAGAGUGCUGUACAAAGAGACCGUCUCGACAGAAUUCAUUGAGAGAUAAUACGGCCCAAUUUCUUAGCUUUAUACUACAUAAUAGUUUAGUUGCAUAUCAAUAGAUAAUAUAUCCUCCAUAUAUCCUUUUGCCUGGAGCAAUACCCUGUAUGACAUGAAGCAGUGAAUUAUUGAAAGCUUUUAAGGAUGUUAUGUAAUCUCAGCAGAUUAAUCAGUAUACUGUGUGCUUACCUGGAGAUUGUUCUAUAUUUAAUAAAUAGGCUAGUUUUAUAAAGGAUGUUUUCGCAUAAGUAUGGGAAAAUAUGUACUGUGUAGUUGAAUGCAAAUUCAGUAAACAGGAUUUGGACUUCAUGGCAGCAUUUUUUAUUUGAAAUGUUCAAUUGAUCAUGGGUUCAUUCUGUCAUUAAAAUGCCUGA